AUGCUGGAGUAUUGUCGUAAAAACGCCCAGGAAGAUUUGAUGGACGUCUGCAGGAAGUUUACAAGGAGCACGCUCCAGCUAGAAGUACGUACUAAAAACCACGUACACGCCAAAAAAGAGGUUCUGCUCUUCAUCUGGUGGAGCGUACACGGCGUCGAAUACUGGGAGCUGCCUGCAGAGGGAUGCACAGUGACCGCAGACGUCUACAUUGAGCAACUGAGGAAUUUAACGGCAAAUCUCGAAAAUGCACGCCUGCAGCAGCACGAAAUCUACUUCCGGCACGAAAACGCUCGGUCGCACAUUGCAAGAACGACCAAAGUUGAAGUUAUGCUGGACCAUUUUACAACACCCACAGUAUUCCCCGGACCUGGCUCCCUCCAAUUACCACCUUUUUUCCUAUCUCCAACGUCAUCUGGAUGGGCAAGACUUCCAAAUCCACGAUGA